GUGGUCGCGUUCGUGAGCCUCUCGUCUCCCCUCACGCUCCAAAACCGUCCCAAACGGGGUCGAACCCAUCGAUUUCCGCGCAAAAAAAAUUCCCAAAAAUCAAAAAACCCCCCGAGAAGUCGUGCCCCAUCGCCUCCCCAAUUCGACUCGAAAAAUAGUCGUGCAGCGAGCGACUGCCGUGCGGAGGCAUCCAUUCGGUGGCGCAGUUGUGUCUCAACAGUCAAAGCCCCCCAGUCCAUUUGUACACCACCUCAACACCCGUAAAAUGGCGAUAGGCCAGUUGUUAUUUACUCUCAACGCUCCAUUCCCGAUGGAAUAUCAUCAUUAAAUCCUCACCACAAAUACAUCAGACAUAAUCAACGGAUUAAUCAACAACUGGAGGUCAUUUUUCACGAGUGAUUGAAGGUGAUUCUUUCAUGGCCCGCAAGUGCAUAACCACCCGGAGAGUCCCAAAAACCGAGAGAGCAAAAUCAUCGACAAAAUCAUCAGAUAAAAACACGAAGGGAUUGAUGACAACGAAGAUGAUCUAACGGUGUUUGUGUGAAUGUGCAGGAACAUAACCAGUAAAACCCCUUGUAAUUGUGUUGAACAGGUUGUUAUAAUAUGGCACAGUAUUACAAUCUCAUCGCUGAAAACGGUGUUCCUAUUGUGAUUGACGAUGGACAACAGUACUGCACUGUCGAUGGAAAUAUACAAUUUGUUGUGCAGGAUCUCAAUAAUUGUGUCAAUGGGGGUACGAGAUUUGUGACGUAUACACCGGCUGUACAGAACAGUGAACAUAUUUUUACACAGACUGGUGGACAGUUGCAGGGACAAAUUGAACCGAGACAAAGCGUCUACAUAAUAAACACAGAGGACCACAUUUCGCUGCCCGCUCCCUUGAAACCCACAACCCCCCCAGAGACCUCAAACUUCCUGAUAACGGACACUAAGAACCCCAAUGAUCCUCAGGUCCAGUGGGUAACGUUUUCUGACCCCUCGAAAAUGUCUCCAAAGCCUCAGCCCCCGCAGAAGCCCCCCCAGACCCCCCAGUCAACCUCUAAACGCCCCCCAAAACCCAAACAACAGCCGCAGCUUCAGCCAUCCCCCAUCCCACGUCCCAAAAUCCUCCCCCCAAAGCCCUCCCCGCGUUCGCCGAUUCAUCCAGAUCCUCAAAAGCCCCUCAAAGCCUUGGGGCCACCCCCCCUCCCAAAAACUGCAACCCCUCUCGCUAAACCACAGACCCCCCUCCCAAAACCCUCAACCCCCCUGACGAAGCCCCCUACCCCAGCCCUCAAAAACACUCCCCUCCAGCCCCUCAACAAAGGGGCCCAGACCCUAGGCAGUUACUCGGACAUGGGUUUUCUCUCCGAGAGAAUAAAACAAGCGAGAAAUUCCCAUGGAAGAUCUCCGCAACCCCCACCUGCCGCUGCAAAACCAAUCCUCACCCCUCAAAAGUCUCCAACUCCCCCUAGACCACCUCAAAAGCAGAUAGAGCCACCCCCUGAACAGAUGGAGAUCGAUACAUCGACUCAAAACUCAUCGGAAACUGACGCUGGAUCGGAAUCGAUAGCUUAUCUCCAGCAGACGAUCACACAUCCUCAUCAAACCAUUGUUCAGGAUCAGAUCAAGGGCAAUACUGUCAAGAUGCUGGUGGUACUGCCAACGGGGGAGCAACGGUUGAUCACUUUUGACAUACCUAAUGAGGAGUGCACGGUUCAGGAUUUGUUGGAGCAGGCUAACAUUCCUCCGAAUGGUGAGACCACCGUAUCCCUCGUAAAAGACCCCAUCCUCCACAUAAACUACAUCGUCGAGAGUGGUGAAGGUGGUGUAAUCUCAAUGGUAGUAGACUCACAAGAUUCCCCCGACGAGGCAAUGAGUGACUACGUCUCCUCCGACUGUUCCCAAGGUAUUACCAACCUCGACGAAAGCAACUCCUCCUCCGAAGACCGUAAAUUCAUUGAAAAUCAGUUGGCAGUCUGUCCCCACUGCGGCUGUUGCUCCAUGGACUUCAACAAAUGCGCCAGAUGCAAGACAAAACUCCCGGAUAAUCCCAAGACAGUGCCGCUGUUGGACAAUCAGAAGAAGGAAGCCCUCAUACCAAUCGACAACUUCUACCCCCGAAAGAAGACCGAGACCCUCAGCAAAGAAGUGAAGAAGCCAAAGGGUCGACUGGCCAAACCCAUCAACUCCAAGACAAAAGCUCUCAUCAGGGAACCCGAGUGUCUGACCCUGUCCUCAGACGACGAAGACGAGAAUCCCGCCAAGAAGUCCAAGAAGAACGACUGCAUGAAGCUGUCACAGCUGCUCAUCAGCAGAGGCUCACAUCCCGAUGAACUCGUCCCAAUAUCGGACAAGGAACCCAUCAUAACGAGCACGUCGAAAUCAUCAGAUACAUCGCUGGACGACAGCACCACCUUGGACAACAUGACAAGCGUCAUCAGCACUUCAUUGUCUUGUAGAACCGUGCGAAUAGGCUCAUACAAGUACGUCCCCCACGAGAAAGUAAUCGUCAACUCAUCAGGGCUCAUCCUUUCAGUGCCCCUUCUGGAAGACGACAAGAAGACCGUCUCCAUUCACGUCAUGAUGUCAUCAAUAGUCAAAGUGCUCAUUCACUUCGGCAAGGGAAUGCCAGUCCUCUUUUUCUACACAUCAGUGAAAUCCGGUGAGCAAAUUCGUGGAGUCCUGGGGAUGCAGGACCCCAUCGGACCUUACUACGACCCAGCAGGCAAGGAUCACACACACAAGCGUAUCACCCUGCUGCCCGAGAAGAUAUCAGAGGAGUCCAAGAACAUCCUGAAGCAGCUGUUCCACCAGAAUAAUCUCUGCGAAGAACUCAAUUCAAAGGAAGCCAAUGACAUCCUGGUGAAGGCCUCCCCCAAGGACAACCUCCAGAAUCCGAGGAGAGUCUCGACGACAUCUGGGACCAAUGGAGUUGUCGAGAAGAUCACAGUGUAUCCACCACCUCCAGCGAAAGGGGGGAUAGCCCUCAAUACUGAGGACUACGCCUGCCUCGGAGAGGAUCAGUUCCUCAACGACGCCAUCAUCGACUUCUACCUGAAGUAUCUCACCCUGGAGAGACUGUCCGAGGAGGACGCCAGCAGGACUCACGUCUUCAGCUCGUACUUCUACAAGAGAUUAACCUCCCCUACACAAUCAGGUGACACUGCCAAUGUGUCACCAGCUGUCAAGCGACACGCCAGGGUCCAGAAGUGGACGAAGAACGUAAACAUCUUCGAGAAGGACUUUGUGGUGAUACCCAUCAAUGAACACGCCCAUUGGUUCCUGGCGAUCAUCUGUUUCCCGGGGCUUGUGGGUGUUGUUAGUCCUCCGAAAGGGCCUGCGAACGCUGAGAAGGUCAAGAAGAGGGUGAUGGAAGGCUCGGGGAAGGGCGAUAAGGUUAAACUUCAGAGUGUGACCAUUGGGAGCACCACCAUCACACCGGUGACAACUGUUACCAAGGAGGCUACCACCAUCACCCUGGACCCAGCUGACGAUCUCAGUGAGAGGGACGAGGCUGAGGGCGAUGACGAGGAGCUCAUGGAGACCAGUGACGAGGAGGGGAAGGACGAGGAGGAGGAGGGCAAGGGCGACGAGAGGGUCAAGGUAAAGGCCGAGGUCAAGGAGGAGAUCAAGGAGGAGCCCGAGGAGAUCCAGAAGAUCCCUUGCAUUCUGAUCUUUGACUCGCUGGCGGGACCUGGCAGGGCUCGGGUUGUCGCCACACUCAGGGAUUAUCUCAGCUGCGAGUAUCAGGCGAAAAUGGGAAAGGAGAAGGUCUUCUCCAGGGACACCAUCAAGGGCGCCUGUCCCAAGGUACCCCAGCAAUCAAACUUCACGGAUUGUGGUCUCUAUGUUCUCCAGUAUGUUGAGUCGUUCUUUGAGACGCCUAUCCAGAAUUACCGACUGCCGAUAAAGACACUCAAGAAUUGGUUCGAGGAGAUUAUCGUCACCAGGAAGAGGGAGGAAAUCUCCAAGCUCGUUGUCAAGCUUAUGCUCGCGGACAAGGGGGAUAGGAAUAUUGUACUGCCUGUUGUGCAAUUUCCCACUGUUGAGGGGAAGCUCAGGCCCAGGACUGAGGCCGAGAAGAAGGAGGAGAGGAGGGCCAAGGAGGAGGAGAAGGAGAAGGAGGAGAAGACUACUACUACAACUACUUUUGUGCUGGUGCCUGCUGCUGGGGUUGUCAAUUCUGAUGGAAAUGUCGAGUUGACGCUCAGUGGAGUUGACAAGGCCAAAUUGCCGGCAGGUCCUCAAAUGUCAUUUCUACGAACGAAAAGAAUUCCGAGGCUGCUGCGAGAAUCACCAAGCCAAACGAAUGAAGUAUCAGCUAAGAAGCACAAGGGAGACAAUGAUUCCUGUAAAUAAUUUAUUGAUAAAAGGAUAAAGAAGGAUAAACAUUUGUUUUCAUUACCAUUUUUUUAUAUAAAUGAAUCACAAUUUAGUCAAAGCAUUCUUAAACUUAAUGAAAGAUACAGUUGAUAAUAAGUGAACAUGAUGAUGUGUCGGUGGAAAUACGUUUUACCUAUGUAACAAAGUAUGUAGUUAGUUACUUGAUAAGGUGAAUAAAAUCAUUAAGAUUCAAUCUUCUCAAUAAAA